GGCGCACACCUUUGGCUUCUUGCCGCUGCGCUCGGGAGUCCCCCCGGCGGGUGUCUCUGGUUUCUUUUCGUCCUGUUCCUUCUCUCCGGCUUCCCGAUCCUAAUUUGGCUGCGCCGGAGCGAGGGGCUGCCCGGCGAGGUAGCCGCAGGCUGAGAUCUGAGGAUUACCUAACCAAUUUUCAAAAGGUAGACAGAAAAUGCAGAUGCCUAUUUGAAUGAAAGUAAGAUAGAAUUGAAGCUAGAUAACUCUGUGCCUAAAAUGAUAAUCUCCUUUAUCCUGCAGUAUGUUUAAGAAGCAUUUUACUUUUACAGAUAUGACUUCUGGUCAUUAUUUUCCCAGCCUUGAGAUUGGGAGGCACCUGUUCAAUCAUUACAUAGCCAGUUUUGAUUGGCUUGAUCAGCAUUGGUUGCCCCUUUUCCGGCUUACGCCCUUAUAUAUAUGAAGGAAGAGUGAAUUAAUUGAGAGGAAACCUAAGAGGGAAAAAGCCAUGGCUAGACAGAGUCAAUGAGAUUCUCAAAAAGGAGGAAAACAACACGGACAUGUCUAUGCAGUCAUCAGGAACCAAAUUUGACUCAAAUAACUUUACCUUUUAUGAAUCAAAAAGAUGCACAGUUUAACAACCUGGAAGAAACCAAUAGCAAAUCAAUUUUGUCUUUUUGCUCAGAAAACAUAUGGAAUACCUAUGAAAUUACCAAGACUUGAGCUAAACUCAAAGGAAACUUGAUUUAACGGCAGCAGUGUUGAGAGUUAUUUGGACAAAGUGGAAAUAAAGUUCAUUAUAAUGGAUGAUAGGGAAUCUCCUACAAAUGAUCUUCAUUUAAAUUUAGAAGAUGAACUUCAUACUGACAUAAAUGAAAAAGGGAUCAAAACUUGCUUGGCUUCUUCUCCAGAUGAAAAUGAAAAUCAAUGUAACAGUAGGAAGCAUAAUACUCGGAAAAAUUCUCAUAAUGCAAUAGGAAGAGUUGAGCAGGACAGCAUUAAUAAUAACGAGGACAGUGGAGACUCUACAUCCUGCUUCCAAGAAGAUGAAAGCAAUAGGCCAUGUAAGAGUUUGAAAUCAGAUAUGCCACAGAAGCUUGGUCCUGAAAAAAAGAAUCCAAGAAAAACAAACAGUCCUAGCAGGAAAGUCAAGGACAAAGCUGACUUUACAGCAGUAUCUUAUGUGCAAGGGGCAGAUGGAAAUAAGACAAAUUCAAACCAUCCUCUGAAAGAACCAGCUCAAACUUUACAAUUCCUCUUCUCUCUUCUUCAAGGAGAAUCUAAGCAAAUGGAUUCAAACGUGCUUCCCCUGUUCCUGCACCAGAUUGCUGAAACUUAUUUUCAGGAUGGAGAAUAUGAGAAAGCAAUGAAGUUCAUUCGGCUUGAACAGUUGUAUCACAAGCAAUUACUUGCAAAUCUCUCUUCCCUUCAGCAGCAGUGGGAAACAAAAUGGAAAGCAACAGAGUGCAGUGAGGUUCCAAAUCUAAAGAAUUCUUUUAAAGAACUGAAUAAUGAAGAGCUAGACAAACUUGCUGAAUUUUGCACAUCUCAUCAAGAGCCACUUGCCUCCAGAAGCAAGCUCAUAAAUAAAGAAAUAUCCUUCAGAUGUGAACGCUUCAUAAGUUUAAUGGCAUCUGAAGAUUUAAAAGAACAAAUUACUUCUAUAUGGGAUUCAGAUACUCAGAGCCGGCCAAGUAUUGAAGCAAAGAAAAAGAACCAUCACAGAGAAAGAGAGAGGGAUGAAAGUUUCCAGUCUGAAAGCUGUUGUCUGAUUCAGGAAAAAGAAAGACUUCAGCUAUCUGCACGGAAACAUCAUCUCAAGGAGGAGCUCUGCUGUACUGAACUUACACUGAAUCAGCCAUUUGUUUUAUCCACAGAGACCCUGGACACGCCUUUCUCUCAGUGUUUAUCUUUGAGGGAUGCUGGUGAAAAUGACAGCCUGCAGCGAAGGAAAGAACAGUUCUCUCAGGAUGGAGCAAAAAUAGAAGCAGCAGCUGAGAAGCCUGCAGCAACGUGUUUUAGUGAACCAAUGGUAGGUGCAUUAGUUUGGACAGAUGCUGAUUAUAUACCUCCUGACCUUAGAGCCACAAAUGAAAAUAUUCCAUCCGAAAGAAACUUACUGAGGACAAAAAGCUGUUCUAGCUCUGUGGUGAUUGCCAGCAGCCAGUUGGAAAGCAACCUAGUAAAUCAGCAACAGCCUGAUUAUGAAAAUAACAGAAAAUCUGUGCAAAACCAACCAUCAGACAUUAGUGGGAAUGUACAGUUUGACACUGAGAUGUCCAAACAGCCUAGAGUUGUAUAUGAAUGGAUGCAGGAAGAAACAACAGUACUGGAAGAAAAAGGUGAAAGUGAGGAAUCAGAAGGCUUCUUUGAACAGAUUUUAAAUGGUACCAUAAAAGUUAGAGAGGGGGCUCUUAAAUUUCUAGAAGCCCAAGAGAACUCUGAAAUUCUUCCACAUAUUCCACUUGAACAAGCACUUUAUUCUUCAUCGGAAGAUUAUUCACCAGAUGAAAGCUUUUCUUCACUUGAUGAGCUAGCAAAACGAAUACAGAUUGCAGAGACUGUACCUGCGGAAGGGCUUGUGUCUAUAUUGAAAAAAAGAGACGACAGUGAAGAAAAAACAUUGGCUCAAAUCCAGCUGAGACAGUCAAAAAGAAGAGUGAGAUUCCAAGAAAUGGAAGACUCAUUAGAACAAGAGGACGUUGGAGCUGGCUCCUGCAUUUUGCUGAUCUUACUGUGCAUAGCAACUGUCUUCCUUAGUAUUGGAGGAACGGCAUUAUACUGUACACUUGGCAACACAGAAUCUGCCGUCUGUACUGACUUUGCUGCCAAUGUGGAUUUUUACCACAGCCAGAUACAAAAGGGCAUAGAAGAACUUAAACACUGGAUAAUUUUAUAAUAAAAGUAGAAAUAUGAACAGAUAGUAAUAUUUUACUGUUGCGAGAAGAAAGAAAAAUAGUUCAAGCUCCGAAUAAUUUGGCACUUUCAGAAGAAGUAACACGACAGAGGAAGCAUCUGUGUUGUAUAGAAGAGUUAAUGUCCAGUAAUUGGAGUAAUUAUCUAGAUCAGGGGUCUCCAACCUUGGCAACUUUAAGCCUGGCGGACUUCAACUCCCAGAAUUGUGGGAGUUAAAGUCCUCCAGGUUUAAAGUUGCCAAGGUUGGAGACCCCUGAUCUAGAGUUAUUGACCACCUUUCAUGAGGAAGCAUAAGAGACUGUCCUUAUGUUCUCCUUUUCAAAUGCUCAGAACAAUCUUCUGCUUACCAACUUCGAAAAGAAUAAGACGUUCAUCUUUCCUAAAAUUUCCAAUCCUCAUACAGUCAUAUGCAAUCUCUGUAAAUUUUAAUACAAGACAACUGAUUUUCCUUACAUCAUAAUGCAAAGAUAGUGUCUCCAAUUAUCAUGCAAUAAGUUCAUAUUUAAUGGAAACAAACCUUAUUUGGGAAUCAUGUAUUUUAUGUUUUUAAUUAUUUCAGUGAAUAGUAAUAAUUUGGAUGUGGCAGCGGUACGAAUAGAAGCCUUCUCCAAAUGGAGCCUUCUCCAUUUAGAUGUUAUUUAAUAGUGCAGCAUUUUAAAAUGUAGCAGUUGUAAUAAGUGAUGCAUUCAUUAUUUUCAUAUACAGCCUUGGCAAAACCUGCAGAGAAAGUUUUAGUAAUAGAUUCCUUAAAAUGGGUUUAUAAAACAGGUUUUCUAUACAAAACCAAAUAUAAAAUAUGGCUCAUUUCAGUGCCAGUAAUAGCCAUUCAGGGUUAGUUGGAAUAGGGUAGCAUCCAGAUUGAAUUAAGAAAUAAAUAAAUAAUGAUUCACAUUUUUUAAAAAAGAGUUCACUUUGCACAUUUAUUUUUUUAGAUCCAUUUUUAUGGUAUUGUGAGUGUUCAUCCAACAUUGUAAAGUAGAACACAACAAAUAUAUUUACAAGCAUUGACAUAAAACGUCUGAACUUGACAAUUUUUUUUCUCUUUGAGUGUGAUUCUAGAAACAAAAGUGGGUUUCUUUUCCAUUACAAGCCAAAAUGGGCCUUGGACAAUGUUAAAUCCUCUCUUGGUUUUAUUAAAAUUACUGGUUUCUAUUUCUCCAAAUUAUAAAGAAAUAAGCAAACUGAAAAACUGUACCUUAGAAUGAAGGUAUCCAACGUGUAUUUUCUUUAUUUGAAUAUUGUGAGCUUCCCUGAAUCACUGAAAGUUUGGUAGCAGAUGAAAGUUUAAUUUAUUUUGGUUAGUUGCACAAUCAGCCAUAUUUAGAUAUUUAGACUAGAUUUGUCUUUUUUAUUAUUUUACCUUUACUCCUCCCAAGAAUCUGGGAGAGGCAGAUGCUGAUUAAUAUUAUUAUUAAGAUAUCAUCACAGGAUAUAAACUGCCCGAAGUAAAGUUGCCUUUUGCAACUGACCCAUGUGAUUUUUGUCAAUGCUGAUGUUGUUGAGUGGUGCUUCAGAAAUUUUGGGACGGCACUCAAGGCUCCUGCCUAUCAUUGCUUUCUUUCAUCACCAUUAUUCUGCUUCUAUUUGCACACUUUCCUAUUUUGUGAUUUUUCCCCCGGUUCUUUCUCUUCUAUGCUGCUGUCUCCAGGUACUGCAGUGUCUACCGUCCAGACUUUUUUGUCUUUCCUAUCGAAAUUAUUAAGUCUGGGGUGUUAUCAAACAGAUGCUUGACUGCGUGAAUUCCCAAGUUCUUGCUUGAAGGCAAGUGGUAUUUCUUGCAGAUAUUCAAUGCACCGUUUUUACUUGUCAUAUUGUUAUUUGUAAUAUUCUUGCAAUAGGAGGCCCACUGUUUCUUCAGCUGCUUUGCAGGGAAGGCAUUUGCAGUCUAUUGCUGUCUGACUUUAUAUGCAUUGUUCUUAAGGUGUGGUCUUAUACAGCCAGAAUUAGUUCCUCUGUUUCUUUCUUCAACCUUCCUGCUCUUAGCCAUUGCCAAGUCUUAUUAACUGAUCUGCCUCCUAGGCAGCUAGGCUAUAGGUAGUCCUCAACGUACCACCACAACUGAGCCCAACAUUUAUGUUGCUAAGUGAGAAAUUUGUUAAGUGAGUUUAGCUUCAUUUUAUGACUUUUCUUGCCACAUUUGUUAAGUGAAUCACUGCAGUUGUUAAAUUAGUAACCCGGUUGUUAAGUGAAUAGUGUUUCCCUAUUGACUCUGCUUGUCAGAAGGUGGCAAAAGGGGAUCACAUGACCCAAGGACACUGCAACUGUCAUAAAUGUGAAUCAGUUGUCAAGCAUCUGAAUGUAAAUCACUUGACUAUGGGGAUGCUGGAAUUGUCAUAACUCUGAAAAAUGGUCAUAAGUCACUUUUUUCAAUGCCAUUGUAACGUUGAACGGUCACCAAGUGAACUGACUACCUGUACUGGCCAUAUACUACUUUGCCUUGCCAUGUCUCAUUCUUUUCUAGUCUAGUCUAGUCUAUUCUUUGGCCUUUCUUACAGGACAGAUUGUUAGCUUUGAUAUUCAGUAAGCCUUCAUACUAUACUAGCAUCUUCUUCACUGACCUUCAGAUAUUCUUCCAAAGCCUUUUUCUUCUUCUUCAAUUAUCUGAUGUAUCCAUGCCCACUUAUGCUCCUUGGUAAAUAGAGUCUGUCAAUGUCACUGCAUCGGGGAACAGCAUGAUUCAUUGUCAUUUUUCUGGUCUAUCCAGGGUUUCUACCUCAUAUUAAAUCCAGUCCAUUAAUCCAUUGUCAUCUAAUCCACUGUAUUGCUAAUGACUAGAGUUAUCCAGGUGUUAAUCAUCUUGAUGGUAUUUCCACCACUUCGUUUGGAUUUUAAAAUUUUCUUCACUCUUCUGAUGUCUUUACUACUAACCUUCUUUUUUAUUUCAGUGUGCUUGGUGUUGUUAGCCUGAAAGACACCCAGGUAUUUAUAAUAAUCUUCAUCCAGAUUCCUAAUACUAUUUCCAUAGGUCAUCUUAAUUCCUUCAGUCUUCACUGUUUUUCCCCAUUGAUCAUAAGGAUGGCAUAUUGGUCCAGUCUAAACUCCAUUGCAAUAUCUUGACUUUAUAUUUGGAUAACGUUGAACAUUGAUUCCAUUUCUGAUUGUAUUUUUCCCUAGAGCUUCUGAUUGUCCAUGUAAGGGAGGUGGGAUAGCCUGGUAGAUGUUUUUGAUGUUUGAUAGCCGUGGCCUGACUUGCUACAUUCUACAAAGCUACUCCACUAAUUACUCUUACAAUGCACAUUGCUAAUAAUGUCACUUAUGUAUGAAAACUACAUAAAUUUGCUAAACUUUCAGUAUGGUUAUCUGCUAUAAUUAUCCAUAGAAUUAACAACAAAGUUGCUGUACAAACUAGGUAAUAUAUAGGCACAAAUCAUGCAGCAGAAAUGGUAAUAUUGAGAAAGUAAUGGAACACUUAUAAAACUUCAACUUCAUCGAGUAUUGUUUUAGUAUUUUCAACUAAACAAUUAACCGGGUUUUGUUAUGAAAUAAUAUUUACAAUUAAUCAGAAGUUCUGUUUGUUGUGGUCUGAAUUUCCUUAAUCUAUUUCAUUUUUUUCCAGGUAUGUAGUCACGGGCCUAUUGUACAAAAUUUAUACAAAGGAAUAGGCAAAACAAUCAUUUUGUUUACUAUCAAUAAACUUAGAAGUAAUAAUGUUCCUCACAUUAAAUAAAAGAUACCCCUUUACAAUUAUUUGCCAUGAUUUAAGUAGUUAGUCUCUAAUGUUAAGGCUGCCAUAGCAAAAUAUGCUAUACAUAAAGAUCUAGGCAAUAUGAUCUGGUAAAAAAAAAUCAUUGCUCUCAUUAGAGUCUAGAUUACUGGAGUCCAGAACCUUACAAAUUGUCACAGCAAGAAUGAAUGUAAGGAACAACAAAAUAAAAGCACCGGAGGGUAGAACAAGAAGCAAUGGGUGGAAACUAAUCAAGGGGAGAAGCAACUUAGAACUAAGGAGGAAUUUCCUGACAGUUAUAACAAUUAAUCAGUGGAACAACUUGCCACCAGGAGGUGUAAAUGCUCCAACACUGGAAGUUUUUAAGAAGAGGUUGGAUAACCAUUUGUCUGACGUGGUGUAGGGUUUCCUGCCUAAGCAGGGGACUAGAAGACCUCCAAGGUCCCUUCCAACUCUGUUAUUCUAAAUAGGAUUUCAAUCUGGAAUUGACAGUUAAUUAAGAACCUUGUAGCAAUAAAAGCUUUUUUAUAUUCCUACCGGUUUAUUACCACUGCAGUUUGUGUGAGCCCUUCAAGGUAGACCAGAUUAGGAAACCAGAAUUACAAAUACUAGUAUUAUUUAAAUAUAAGAUUGUAGUAACUGAAUCCAUAUGUGGUUCCCCCCUCCCUUCUUUUAUCCUUAUGAGAAUUAGGGAGAGUCAUGUCUGAGGUGUUUUCUCAGUGCACCAGUUGUAAAGUGCCUGAAUGCCGGUCAUGUGACCAUGGGACACUUAUGACGCAAAGGUCAUAAGUGCAUUUUCACCAUAGCUUCAAAUGAUUGCUAAGUGAGGCAGUCAGUAACUGAGGACUAUUUGUAAAUUUUUGGUUUUUUUCAGAUUAUCGUGCCAUAUAAUAAAUCUAGAAAUUGUUACAUGAUUGCCUUCCAACCCUAAAAUCAUACUCCAGAAAUCAAGUCUCUAAAGGUUGUAUAAUUCAGCAGAAACCUAUCGGUGAAUGAGAGAGAAACAAAAAGUAAGGAUCAUGCUUUCUUCAGUGCUUUGCAGUUCUAGUUAGCCAAAAAUUAUCCUUUAAUAAAUGUAUAAUUUAAUAUUAAUAGUUUUGUGAAGUCAAGCUUUGACUAUAUGUUCAGUAAGCUUUAUUUAAACCCAAUAAAAGAAGGAGAAAUUGUGUGAAAGUUAGGCAGGAACAUAUUAAUAUAAAAAUUAAGACUACUAAAAGUCCUCCAUAUGUCCUGACUCAUGAUAUAAUUAAUAAAAGGCCACCUAAAGAUACCUUUAUGUUUAUCGAGAUAUUUAAAUGAAGUUGGUGAGAAUGAGAGAUGCUUAUCUUUGUUAAUCGCUGUUUGUCCCACACCUUUUAUUAAUAGAGCCAAGAGCACCUUCAAAAUCCACCAAUGAACAUAUUAGUACAGGGGUGUCAACGUCAUGGGCCGGAUGUGUCACAAAUGUCACGUGACGCCGUGAGUUUGACACCCCUGAACUAGUGAGACAGAAUUAGAAAAUUUUCAAAAGUAACAUCUUUGUUCUUAAAACCUAUUUGUUCAUAGCAAAUAAAAAGGCUUUUCUCCAGUCUUCCAGCUUCUCCAGCAGUAAGCAUGAAUAUAGCCUAGUACAGGGGUCUGCAAACUUGGCUCUUUAUCACUUGUGGACUUCAACUCCCAGAGUUCCUCAGCCAGCUUUGCUCUGGGAGUUGAAGUCCACAAAGUCUUAAAAGAGCCAAGUUUGCAGACCCCUGGCCUAGUAGAUAAAUUGGGCAAUAUUUAUUUGGAUUUUGUUUGUGACCCGUUUUGUAAAUAGAGAUCAUUAUAGCAAAGGUCCGGGCCUUCUGGUCCUAUGUCUAUUGUAUUUAUACAUUUGAAUAAUUUAGCAAGGAGUGACUGCCAUCCUUUUACAAAGGCUUUUUAAUAUCUUAGGGCAGCACUAACGUUUGCAAGAAUGCAUACAAUCCAACAACUAUUUUGAUAUUGACCAUUUUUAUGUUAACAAUUACUAUCUGGAAUUUCUGCAUUUCAUAUGUUCCUCUGACUUCAGUGUUCCUCACUAUAAAUUUACAUAUGCAUAUAUACUGUAUAUGCUCAUCUCAAGAUAACAUUGCAUGCAUCUAAUAAGUGGAACAUCAAGUAAUAAUAAAUGUGUUAACUAUUAAAAAGGGAUUGAACAAAUAAAAAAUGAAAAAGAAUAAACAGAAAUAGCAUCAGCUGAACUUUAUUGGCAUGCUGUCCUGCUUAUUUCUUCAUUUUUAGAGCUAUGGAUUCUAAAUUUCCUACUUUCGAUCAAUAUUUUUCACUGUGGAAACUGCUGGUAAACCUUCUGCAUUUGGUUGAAAAACUGAGGCAUGUCCUAAAAGGCAUACUUAGUUGAACAGGGUAUAGCUUACUUGCCAUCACUGUGUGUGAAAUUGUGUGCCUUAAAUUUUACCCAUAUGAGCCCUGGUUCUGUAAUGGAGAAAAUCAUGGUAUAAACAACUGUGUUUUGGGCAAUCUGUCUCCAUAAUUCACAAAGAAUUUAGUUGUGCAUUUCAGGGCUACUAAAGUAGAUAUGUAAACUUUACUGAGGAAGAUGCGGGUAUAAUGUUGAUUCGGUAAUGGAUAGAGCUGUCUUUGAAAGUAAAAUUUGCUUUGUAGGAUGUAUCUAAAAAAAGUUUACGAAGUGGCUUGAUCUGCACUAAAAGCCUGUCAUUAUGUCAUACGCUAUUUUGAACAUAUUAAUGGAAAAAAGUAAUCACCUAAUGUUACUGGGCAUUGUUUAAACCUCACAUGCAGUUAAAUAGCUUCUUGAACAUGACCAUUGAACAUCAUGUUUGUUAUGUUUUUUUCUUAUCUUUUGCUAUACUAUGCCUCCCCUUUCUUUCAGCACUAUACCCGUUAUUCUAUCCAAUUCAAAACAUAAUUGAUUACCGUAUAUACUCGAGUAUAAGCCGAGUUUUUCAGCACGUUUUUUGUGCUGAAAAACGUCCCCUCGGCUUAUACUCGAGUAUAUACGGCUUAUACUCGAGUUUUUUUUUUUUUCUUUUUUUCACAUUAUACCGGAUGGUGCAAACUUGGCGGGCUUUUGCAUUAGCGCGGGGAAGCCCUGCCGGUGCAGUGAGAGGGCGGGGCGGGGGAGCCGCCAGCCUUCUCGGCUGAGGGAGGGAGGCUUUCCCUGACCGGUAGCUGCCUCAUUUCCCUCCCUCGGCUUAUACUCGAGUCCCCAGUUUACCCCAGUUUUUUGGGGUAAAAUUGGGGACCUCGGCUUAUACUCGGAUCGGCUUAUAUUCGAGUAUAUAUGGUACUCCCAAACACAAUCCUCACCAUAGUGAUUAGUGUCAACAUUCAGUGAGUUGAAGCAUCUCUGGCUCUUUAAAGCAAUUGCAUCUUUUCCUUGGAUCACAAAUUUUCCUUCCACUUUUAUAGCAUAAUCCCUGGAAAAGACGUAGCUGUUUUCAGAAAAUUAUCUCAUUUCAAUUCCUUCAUAAUCUGUCAAAUAGAAUUAUAAAAUCUCACGUAGGUCUGUCAAACUCCUUUUACUUUCAUUAAAGUACUAUAUAAAGACAAGUUCACAUUAGCAUUAAACAAUUUUAAUGAUUACAUAUAUACAGGUAUUCAUAAAUACAGAAGGAUUCUUUUCCUUUUUCAAGAAAGAACAAAGACUUAUAAAAUAAAUAUGCAUAUUUUUUCAAAAAAUCUGAAAUAAGACUUUUUGGCUCUGAGAUAUUUUUUGUUAGAGUUAUAAUUGAUCAGAUGAUAGGGAAAUUAAGUUAAGGGUACUAUGUUUAGGGAGUAGACUUCACAAGUUGUUUCAAAUCUAUUAGUCACAAAUGGUACAUGCUAUACCAAUAUUUUGGCUUUUGUUGUGCAAACAACUAAUGGCAAGUGAAAUGAAAUAGUGACAGAAAUAUUCCAGAGUAUGGACGUAAAAAGCAUUAAUAUUUUUUUUUACUUUUUAAAGAGUAUCAGCCUUCGUGUGAAUUAUUAUUAGAGUUAUUUAUUUUUAUUUUUUCCUUUCCAUUUGUAGCUCAGCCUUCUCUGUGAUAAAUAAUAAAUAGAAUAGGCAGCAUCACAUUCUGUUUAAUUUACACAUCACACAAAUAUAUAAUUUCAUUGCAUCUCCUUUCGUUUCUUACCAUUCCUGACUUAAUCCUGUUCGUUGAAAAGUUCUUAAAAAGAUAGCUUGAAUUUUGACUUAUGAGUGACUAACUAACAUUGCCUACAGUGUUCCUGUAGAUUAUAGUUAUAUUGUGUUCUAUUAUACCUUGACAUAAGGUUAGAAUCAAAAUAAUUCCUUGGCUGUACUGUACACAAAUGCUUCCAGCAUUCUUUAGAAUUGUCCUAUGUAUAUCUAUAUACUUACUAAAAUUCUUGUGUCCUUUUGAUUGUUUGUAAUCUUCAGUUGAGCAAAACAAUGCAUCAUAGGGCAACAAUUUUUGAGUCAACAUACCUCAGAUACUUCCAGAAUGCAUCCAAAAUCUGGGACCCACAACUCCCAGAUUUUGGCAAAGUUGUGAUUGUUUCAGUGCUGCUGUGCCGUCACUUUGCCAUGGUCAGCCACGAUCAUGUGAUUGUCAUUUCCAACACUCCCUGCCAGCGUUCUUCAAGAAAAAGUAAUGGGGAAGCCAGCAGGAACUCGGAAGUCACUCCAGCUCCCACAGACUUUGUUUUGUUUUUUGCGUGCCCAUUGUCAUUCUGUUUCUCUGUUUAGGUAAGAAAAAAUCUCUGAAACAAUUAGCCAACAGGUCAUAGGUUAUCUAAUUAGUUACUGUUUUCUGCAUAUAUUCUGCUGUGGAGAUCCUCUAUUGUCAGAAAUGUAAUAAAAAGAAUGUUCUAAUGAUAAAGCAUCCAGAACCCCUCCCCUUUCAUAGUGACCUGGAUCCUGUUCUAUGGAUUCAGGUAACUUAGGAUGGAGAACUUGUCAUUUCCCUGAACUACAGCUUCUUAUGAUUGGCUAUGUUGCCUGGUGUUGCUGCAAGUUCAAAUUCAGCAACUUUUGGAGGGCUAUGGAUUUCCCCUUUUCUAGUAUACUGGCAGUGCAAACUUUACACUGGGUAAUUAAUUGGCAAUUUUAUAUGUUGUUUGUAAUUUUUUUUAAGUUUUAAUUUUGUUGAAACAUGUUUUCUAUUUGUGUUCCAAAGGCCUUUUGUGUUAUACUAUAGCAUAGCUUGAACUCUUCUAAAAAGUGGGAGUUUUAAAAUGUUACUGGCUGGUUCAGUAUACCACUUUUGUCUCUCCUUUAAUUAGUUGUCUGUAGCAACAUUUUCUUAUUCUUUUAUUCUGUAAUUAUGUAAUACAGUGUUGAUGAGCAUGCCUUCUAUAGCUAUGAUGUAUUUAUAAUUAUUCCUUAGUAAGAAUAUGUUUUGUAAUUUUCAGUUGGCUAUUCGGUUAGAUGAUAAUAUUUAAUGCAACUGUGGAUUUCUGCUCUAUUCAAGUGAUUGUGAUCUGAUCACCAAAAAUAUAGAGAAUUUAUAAUUUGCAUAUGUUUAUUUUAAAAAUAUGACAUGUACAGUUAUCAAGAAAUCUGAGAUGUAGAAUUUUU